CUGCUGCGUUCAGGUGGAUCGGAGUUAUUUUUCGGUCUCUGGAGACAUUUGUCUGUCCUCUCUCUCCCGGAGCUCCGCCUCGGAUGUUGCUGCCGCUGCUGCUUGUUUAUCUGAUUACAGCCUUACAGGAGCUGCUUUCUCCUUAAAGCGACACCAGUUUAAUUAAUCAGACUGAACCAGCAGAAGCAGCAGGAGGAGGAGGAAGAGGAGGAGGAGGAGGAGGAAGGAGACCGAGGCGGAGGAUGCAGAUGAAGAGCAGCAUCCAUCUUCUCGCUGCCUCCCUGAUCUCGGCGCCUUGCAGGAGGAUUAUGAAUCCGAUCUGAGCCGCCAUGGACGCGGGGAAACCCUCCAGCUUCUGCUCGGAUUUCCACCCUGCAGGAGGAGCGGGCCGUGAACGCGUCACGCAUUCAGGUAGUCGGUGAAGCUGCGGAGUGUCCAGCGCGGCCUCAGUGAGGUAACACCACCCGGAACCCUUCCUCCCUCCACCCCCACAUGGACCUCUGACAAACGCCCUUAGCUCCGCCGCAGACGCGGUGCGCAGAUGCGGCGCGCCGAUGCGACGCGCCUGGUUGUCCGCGCUGCGCGUCGCGCUGCGGCCGCUCGCUGAGGCUCUGGUCCGGGACGGCGGCUGCCCGCGGCGCGGCAGGAUGGUGCGCAUCGCCAGCGCGCUGGGGCUCAUCAUCUUCAGCGUGGCGCUGCUCAUCCUGUCGCUCAUCAGCUACGUGUCCAUCAAGAAGGACUUCCUGCCCGGAUCCCCGCGGUACGGACCCAACGGAGGCCCCAGGAUGUACAUGUUCCACACGGGGUUCCGCGAGAGGCCACCUCGUAAACCCGACCUGAGCUCCCAGAUGGCCAUGAAGUACCUGGAUCCAGACUUCGUUCCUCUGUCCAACGCUCUGACCGAGGAUCUGCAGAACGCCUCUAAAUGGAGGUACAACAGCACAGCUUUCACACAGCUGAGGACGGAGAUUUCUCAACACAUCGACAUCCCCCGUAACUUCACGUUGACCCGGGACUCCGUCAGAGUCGGCCAGCUGAUGCACUUUGACUAUUCCAGCCACAAGUAUGUCUACUCCAUCGGCGAGAACUUCCGGUCGCUGCUGCCGGAGGUUUCGCCCGUCCUCAACAAGCGCUACAACGUCUGCGCCGUCAUCGGGAACAGCGGCAUCCUCACCGGCUCGCGCUGCGGGGCCCAGAUAGAAAAAUACGACUUUGUCCUCCGAUGCAACUUCGCGCCAACGGAGAUUUUUAAGAAGGACGUUGGGCGUCGGACCAACAUGACGACCUUUAACCCCAGCAUCCUGGAGAAAUACUACAAUAAUCUGCUGACUGUGCAGGACAGGAACAACUUUUUCCUGAGCCUGAAGAAGCUGGACCGAGCCAUCCUGUGGAUCCCAGCGUUUUUCUUCCACACUUCGGCCACGGUGACCAGGACGCUGGUGGACUUCUUUGUGGAACAUCGAGGCCAGCUGAAGGUCCAGUUGGCCUGGCCUGGAAACAUCAUGCAGCACAUCAACAACUACUGGAAAACCAAGCAUUUGUCUCCGAAGCGCCUGAGCACCGGGAUCCUGAUGUACACGCUGGCGUCCUCCAUGUGCGACCAGAUCCACCUGUAUGGGUUCUGGCCCUUCGGCUGGGACCCCAACACCGGGAAGGAGCUGCCGUACCAUUACUACGACAAGAAGGGCACCAAGUUCACCACCAAGUGGCAGGAGUCCCACCAGCUGCCGGCCGAGUUCAAGCUGCUCUACAAGAUGCACACCGAAGGUCUGCUGAAGCUCAGCCUGUCGCACUGCGCUUAGCGUCUGGAUUCAGAGCGCUGACCAGCACCGCUAACGGCCAAACUACGGCUAAACUACAACAUGGAGUCAUUCAGAGUGAAAGCAGAAUCAGGACAUAAGUGACCUGAGUGAAGCCGGCUCCCAAACCUGCCUCAAAGCUAAUAAAAUUAGCAUCAAACGUUUGUGCCACGUUUUUGCUGCCAGCAUUUUAAAAAACAUUAAUUAAAAUGUUUUCAGAGGCUAACCGGCCUUCUACGUCCAAAUUGGUGUCAAACAUUUGUGCUGCAGAAAUUUUUGUUUGUGCUGCUUUUGCUUUAAAGACGUUAAUAAAAAUAUUUCCAGAGGUCAACCAAACAAAAUGGGUGUCCAUCAACUCUGCUGUGUUUGUGCUGCAAAAAGUUUAUUUGUGCUGCUUUUGCUUUGAAGAUCUUCAUGAAAGUUUAAAGGUCAAAAGGUCAACCAUUGACAUUGAAUCUGUAAAUUGAGGGAUGUUUGAACACUGGAAACUUUAUUAUUUAUGUUUUUAAAAUGAUAGCAGCACAAAUGACAAUCUUUGCUGCACAAACACUUAACACCAACUUUGUUUUCUUUGGGUAAUGUUGGAGUGCUGGUUGACCUUCUGACCUUUAAACUUUCCUUAAUAUAUUUAAAGCCGUAGCUACAGUAUUGAAAUUUUCUGCAGCACAAACGCAGCAGAGUUGAUUGACACCAAUGUUGUUUGAUUUCGUAAACGAUUUGGAGCUGGUUGACCUUUGAUGACCUCUGGAAGCAUUUAUUAAUAUCUUUAACAUGAUAGCGGCACAAAGGCAAAUUUCUGCUGCACAAACGUAGCACAAACUGACACCAAUUUGUUAGAUUUGAAGAAGGAGGGCUGCCAGCUUCACUCAGGUGAGAAAAUGGCUGCAGCUCUUGGGAAGAAUCUGACCUGCAAACGGCAACAAUCCGAUACGCUGAAGCUUUUGUUUUCUAACGUUUAAUCAAGCUGUUUUCUGUUUUCUGCGUUUUUGUUGGUUUUAUUUGCUAUAUUUAAAAAACUGAAAGUACAUUUCCAACUUUUGACCAUCUCGAUAUUAUCUUGAGGUGUGCAGAAAACAUUUGUGGACUCGGUUAGGGCAUCAUUAAAAAAGUCAGGGUUCUAAAGCGUAGCAGCAAAAUGAGGAACCAUUCAGUAAACUGGAAACAGGCGUGGAGUUAAAAUGGGAAACAAAGCAACUUAAAGCCAGAAGCGUUACUGUAAAGAUAAAAUUAAAAACAAAACUUAACAAGACGCUAGCUAAUAACAGCUAGCUGCCAUUUUUAUUUAGCGGGACAAUAAUCUGUUUUCCAGUUCUUUAAAUUUUUUACUCAGGUCAAGUAGUUCCAUAAAAACAUUUUCUGGAUGGUUUGUUAGCAGCUUUAGAUGCUAAAAGUCUGAUUGUUGCUAGUUUAUGCUAGCUAUGCUAAGUGACCAUUUUGUUUCUUUUUGUAAUUCAUCUACUUCUUAAACACGUCAUAAUUUAAGCCCAUUGCCUUCAACAUUGCAAAAGUUAUAUUCAUAAAUAUGUUUAAUAAAUAUUAAUGGUUGCCGUAAUUGAAGCUAUUGCCAAAGCUAACAGCAGUUAGCUGCCGUUCUGGUUGUUAGGGAGACAGUCGUCUGUUUUUCAGUUCUGUAGCCAUUUUUGUGCUGCUGGCUGGAGAUUUAUUAGUUUUCUGAAAAACUAAUACUUAAAUUAAAAUUACAUUUAAUCAUUUUCUCCUGGUUAGCUAGCAGCCCUAGAACGCUAAUGCUGGUUGGCUAAAAUAAAAGCUAGCAAGCUAUUACAUUAUUACACUGUUUUAAAACAUGUUAUUAAACCCUAAUAGAUAAUAAUAAAAAACAUAUUUGUUAUGGUUUCUCUGAGAAUGCUAAUGUUUGUUAGCUGGUGCUACUGCUAGCUGAAUGCAAUUAGCUGCUUUUGUUGCCGUAUUGUGUUUAUUAAAUCAGUUUUUUUGCUUAGAUCUAGUGAUUACAUUAAAUAAACAUUUAUAUUUUAAAAUUAGCUGAUGCUCAAAUGUUAGCUUAAAAACAGCUGCCCAAUAUUUUACCUGAUUUUAAUCUUCAUGUAGUAGAACUCCUCGGCAAAAUGAAAGAACUGUUUUGUUGUUCAAAACUUUGGAGCAAUUCUUUCUUUCUUUCUUUCUUUCUUUCUUUCUUUCUUUCUUUCUUUCUUUCUUUCUUUCUUUCUUUCUUUCUUUCUUUCUUUCUUUCUUUCUUUCUUUCUUUUUUAAUCUUACGUGACUUAAAUCUAAAUUGACUGCUGUUACAUUGUGUACCUGUAAAUCUGCUAAAACCAAGGCUAACAAGCUGUUAGGUUAUAAAUCUACCAGGAGACAGCAACAACGGUGAGCGACUGCAGAAACGUUGAACAUGCUGUGCCUCCAUCCGUCACCCUGACCUCCACACUCGGCUUUCCGCUUGGUUGCAUACAGAACACUCUACCUCCUGCGCUGGUGCUGGACGUUCACACUGGACAGGCCGGAUCUCGUUUGAAACUCAACGAUAAAGCAGGAAUCUACCAAUAACGAUGCUAACUGGAACAGAACGACGCAGAAAACGACUUUAUGUUGAGCAUCAAUUCCUGCUUUGCUUGGUUUUCAAUGGGAGUCGGUGUAAAAUGAAAGCACUUAGAGAAUUAAAGCCACAAUUUGUCACUGUUGAUGACUCAGUGACAGGAAACACAUAAUUCUCCUUACAUGUUGUCAUGUUAUCAUCUAUGAGCUAAACUGGGCUAAUUAAAAAUGGUUUUUGAUCCAUUUAUUUACGGGAUAAAUUGGACAGUUAGUGGAAAUGUUGUGGAUGUGCAUCUCAGGUUUUUCUGACUGUAUUAAAGCAGAAUGUUGUUUUUUUUGUUGUUGUUGUUGCUUCUCAGCAGUGGUGACCCUAAGAGAGGGCUAAGGGGGGCCGUGGCCCCCUCCUAAAAAAUAUUGGUCACUAAAAAAAUAAUAAAAAUACAUUUUCAUCAAGCAAAACCCAAUAAAUAAAUGCAUAUAAUUUUAAAUGAAAUUAAAAAUGUAUUCAAAGAAACACAUUUUAUAUAUUUGGCCACCUGUAUUAACAUUUUCUUGGGGCUCCACUGCUUCUUUUAUUAACAUUUUAAAUCAGUUAUUGUUAUCAAAGUCUGAUUCUGAUUUAAAACCUUAUUUCUUGUUAUUGAUUUAAUUUUUAUCAGCCCUUUAAAAUCGCUGAAUGAACUUUAGGCUCAUUAAAUAUGAAUGAUUGUCUGCAAAACGCUCAUUUUCCUCGCAGGUGAGGAUGCCAUGUUUUUAUAUGUGCUGCCAUGUUUGAGUGAAAUCCCCCAAACUGGGUCUAUUUUUGUAAGCUUAGCUGCAUUUUCUGCUUUUUGCCUUCAUUUCUUUUUCUGCUCUUGUUUGUCAACAAAAAUACAAACAUGACUAGAAAUGUGUCUUUGACGAAAAAGAUUGUUUUAUUCUUGCUGAAAAAGGGAAAUAUUAUUUUGCAACAUGAUUUAUUAUCCAUAAAGUUAAAGUGGGUGUUGUGGUUAUAAUUUUGAACAUAUUUGUGUUUCAGUAAAAUGUAAUUUUUGCAUUUUGGAUGAAACAGCAGCUGCAUCAAAUCAGUUUGUCAUUCAGAUUAACUUUACAGUAGAGACACGUUUAGACAUCACACAAACAUACUGUAGUUUAAAAAUGUUUCAAUUAAUCAAAUACUUGAAAUAAACUAUAUCUACUCUGUAUUAAUCACUUAAUCACUGAAUAAACUCAAACAUAAGUUU